CCCGGCGUGGCGUCAGCGCUCGGCGGCCGGGGAGCGACGCUCUAGGCUGUCAGCUCGGUGGUUUCCAGCUCUCCGCGACCGCAGGGCUGGGGCGACCGGAAAAGCCAGACUAAUCAGGACGAGUUCGGGCGUGGAAUUGGGCCUGAAGCCCUCACGCCCAGCCAGGCCUGAAUGCCCCAGACCCCACCGUCACCCCCGUGGCCUGGAUGGAGCAGGGGACGGCCGGCGAAGGCGCGGGGUGGAAGGGGAGCGGCGACGAAGGCGCGAGGAGCUGACUGGGAAUCCCCGAGCUACCCGAGGCAAGACACUGAACUUGAGUCGCACUUUUCAUGCCUGUAAAAAUGAGAAUGACAGCUGUGAUAAAAAAAAAUUCAUCUGGGCGAUAUCUGGAACGUGUAAGGCGAAAGAGAAUGAAAGACGUAGAUAACCUCAAAAGUAUAAAAGAAGAAUGGGUUUGUGAAACAGGAUCUGAUAAUCAACCUCUUGGUAAUAAUCAACAAUCAAAUUGUGAAUAUUUUGUUGAUAGCCUUUUUGAGGAAGCUCAGAAGGUUAGUUCCAAAUGUGUGUCUCCCGCUGAACAGAAGAAACAGGUAGAUGUAAAUAUAAAAUUAUGGAAAAACGGAUUCACCGUCAACGACGAUUUCAGAAGUUAUUCCGAUGGUGCCAGUCAGCAGUUUUUGAACUCCAUCAAAAAGGGGGAAUUACCUUCAGAAUUACAGGGAAUUUUUGAUAAAGAAGAGGUGGACGUUAAAGUUGAAGACAAGAAAAAUGAAAUAUGUUUGUCUACGAAGCCUGUGUUCCAGCCCUUUUCAGGACAGGGUCACAGACUAGGAAGUGCCACACCAAAAAUUGUUUCUAAAGCAAAGAAUAUUGAAGUUGAAAAUAAAAAUAAUUUGUCUGCUGUUCCGCUGAACAACUUGGAACCCAUUACUAAUAUACAGAUCUGGUUGGCCAAUGGAAAAAGGAUUGUCCAGAAAUUUAACAUUUCUCAUAGAGUAAGCCAUAUCAAAGACUUCAUUGAAAAAUACCAAGGAUCUCAAAGAAGUCCUCCGUUUUCCCUGGCAACAGCUCUUCCUGUCCUCAGGUUGCUAGAUGAGACACUCACACUGGAAGAAGCGGAUUUACAGAAUGCUGUCAUCAUUCAGAGACUCCAAAAAACUGCAUCUUUUAGAGAAUUUUCAGAGCACUGAUUUUUGAUAGACUAAGUGGAAAAUUUGCAGAGAAAUGAUGGUUGUAAGUGGACAUGCAAACCAAAAUUGGGGACUGAAGAAGUCAGACUCACUAGACUUUUGGUUCGAGUACUAUUGAACUCUCUCCUGAUGAGAAGAUGUUUAGAUAAGUACAAGUUAAGAAAGUAGCAUAUGACUGGAAACUAUAUUCAGUGCACUUUCUCCAAAAGACUACCCAGAAAAAUAGACUUAUUUUCAAAUACCAAUUAUCAAGAUAUAUUAAAUAGCUAUAUUGUUUAGAAUCUUAAUAUGGUAUAAAUUAGCAAAUGUAUUCACAAUAUUCAUUCAAACAUCAUUCCCAGACAGCAGGGAUUUAUUUAAAUGUUAGCUGUCUCAGAGUUUUUAAAUAGCUAAUACGACCGGGUACAGUGGUUCAUGCCUGUAAUCCCAGAACUUCGGGAGGCCGAGACAGGCAGAUCACGAGGUCAACAGAUUGAGACCAUCCUGGCAAACAUGGUGAAACCCCAUCUCUAGUAAAAAUACAAAAAUUAGCUGGGCGUGGGGGUGCGCAACUGUAGUCCCAGCUACUCGGGAGGCUGAGGCAGGAGAAUCUCUUGAACCUGGGAGGUGUAGGUUGCAGUGAGCUGAGAUUGAGCAACUGCACUCCAGCUUGGCGACAGAGCAAGACCCCCUCUCAAAAAUAAAUAAAAUAAAGUAAAAUAAAUAUAAAUAAUUGUGGCCGGGUGCAAUGGCUCAUGCCUGUAAUCCCAGCACUUUGGGAGGCUGAGACGGGAGGAUCACUUGAAGCCAGGAGUUUAAAACCAGAAUGGUCAACAGAGUGAGACCCCUGUCUAUAUAUUUUUUUAAUUUAAAAGAUAAAAGAAUAAAAUUGUGUAGCUCAGUAUAGUAUCAAGAUUAAUCUGCCUACUCACAUUUCUAAACUUUAUAAAAAUGUAAUAAAAGAAAAUUAUCUUUCUAGAAAGCCUAUUCCCUUUCCAUUUUAUUUUCUUUCAAAAAUUAUGGAUUUGUUUUUGGCUAACAUUUGGGAUUAGCCAUUUAUUUGCCACCACUCACUUAGAAUAUAAUGCCGGUGUGUGUCACAUUACUAGUAUUUUUUAAAUGCAUCAUAUAAAGUAUGGUUUUCUGUUUCUUGUUUGUUUGUUUGUUUGUUUGAGACGGAGUUUCGCUCUUGUUGCCCAGGCUGGAGUGCAGUGGUGCAAUCUCAGCUCACCACAACCUCCACCUCCCGGGUUCAAGAGAGUCUCCUGCCUCAGCUUCCCAAGUAGCUGGGAUUACAGGCAUGCACCACCAUGCUUGGCAAAUUUUGUAUUUUUAGUAGACACGGGAUUUCACCAUGUUGGUCAGGCUGGUCUCGAACUCCUGACCUCAGGGGAUCUGCCCACCUAGGCCUCCUGAAGUGCUGGGAUUACAAGUGUGAGCCACCGUGCCCAGCUGGUUUUCUGUUUCAUACAUCAGAGUCAACUUGUGAAUACAUUUAAAGAUUAUUUCAUUUUGACAUCACGAAGAAAAACAGGCUUUAUAUCUUAGACUUUAACUAAAUCCAGUUAGACCUCAAUUUUUCACUGUCAGAUUAAAUCCCCGUACCUGAAAAUAAGUUUAACAUUUUUUUUUGCAAAUGAUCUAUUGAAUCAGAUUUAAAAUGAAGCAUGCAUUGAGUGUGCCAAGGAACUAAGUGGUCCAUAGCAGCAGUAAUGUUCAUAGGGUGUGAGAUGCCUGCUAUGAAACAGCAAUUCUCAAACAUUUUUAUCUCAAGACCAUUUGUUUAUGUGAGCUAUAUAUAUUAUUAUAUUAAAUAUUAAAUUUUUAAAAUAUUUAUUUAUGGGCCAGGCACGGUGGCUCACGCCUGUAAUCCCAGCACUUUGGGAGGCUGAGGCAGGCGGAUCACAAGGUCAAGUGAUUGAGACCAUCCUGUCCAACAUGGUGAAUCCCCGUCUCUACUAAAAAUACAAAAAAAUUUAGCUGGGUGUGGUGGCAUGCGCCUGUAGUCCCAGCUACGUGGGAGGCUGAGGCAGGAGAAUGGCUUUAACCCGGGAGGUGGAGGUUUCAGUGAGCCGAGAUUGUGCCCCUGCACUCCAGCCUGGUGACGGAGCGAGACUUUGUCUCAAAAAAAAAAAAAUUAUUCAUUUAAAAAUAACUUCUGGCUGGACAUGGUGUCUCACGCCUGUAAUCCUAGCACUUUGGGAGGCCAAGACAGGUGGAUCACUUGAGCCCAGGAGUUUGAGACCAGCCUGGGCAACAAGGCAAAACUCUUAUCUAUAAAAAUUACAAAAAUUAGUGCGGUGGCUCACACCUGUAAUCCCAGCACUUUGGGACACUAAAGUGGGCAGAUCACCUGAGGUCAGGAGUUCGAGACCAGCCUGGUCAAUGUGGUGAAACCAUGUCUGUACUAAAAAUACAAAAAUUAGCCAGGUGUGGUGGCACAUGCCUGUAAUCUCAGCUACUAGGGAGGCUGAGGGAGGAGAAUUGCUUGAACUCAGGAGGCAGAGGUUGCAGUGAGCCGAGAUUGCGCCACUGCACUCUAGCUUAGGCAGCAGAGUAAGACCCUGCCGUAAUAAUAAUAACUUUUUUUUUUUUUUUGAGAUAGAGUUUUGCUCUUUCCCCCAGACUAAAGUGCAAUGGCACGAUCUCGGCUCACUGCAACUUGCGCCCCCUGGGUUCAAGCGAUUCUUCUGCCGCAGCCUCCCGAGUAGCUGGGAUUAUAGGCGCCCACUACCACGCCUGGCUAAUUUUUGUAUUUUUAGUAGAGACAGGGUUUCGCCAUGUUGGCCUGGCUGGCCUCUAACUCCUAACCUCAGGUGAUCCGCCCGCCUUGGCCUCCCAAAGUGCUAGGAUUAUAGGCGUGAGCCACUGUGCCCAGCCAAUAAUAACUUAUAAAACAUGAAACGAUUUAGUGAGAAAAGUGGCCGGUUUUUUGGGGGGAAUUACUUUCCGUCAUAAAGAAGAUAGAUGGGUUCUCAUGUCAUCUACAUUCAGUCUGUUGUGCAGUCACAUAUCAUGUAGACUCUGGAAAACACCUCUGUAUACUGGUGAAAGAAUGAAAAGAAGCACAUAAUGCCUUAGUAUGAUUAUGAAAAACGUUUUGACUUCACAGUGCCCUGAAUGGGUCUUGGGAAUCUCCAGGGAUCCCUCAGGCACACUUUGAGAACCAAUCUAUAUAAAGUGAUGGUUCACAAUGAUUCUCAAGCCUUAGCUUCAGAAUCAUUUGGGGCAGCUUUUCAAAAAUGCCAUUCCUGCCACCUACCACAAAGAUUCUGAUUCACUGUAUCUGUGAUGGGUCUCAGAUCUCUGCAUUUUUAAUCUCACGUGAUUCUUAAGUAUGUGGUGGAAGUACCUUUCUUCAGGAAAUUCUGUCCUAAGCUUUUACCCUGAGAAAAUAAAACCUGCAUGCUUUCACCAUGGACAGUGGGAGACUCCACUGAAACACAUCUGCUAGACCACUAAGUUUAUCCUUGUCACCCAGUUUGCUCUUGGAAAGAGUCUGUUCCCUUUUGUCACUGAACCAAUCAUGACAUAAACUUGUGCUUUACCUCCUAUAGCACAGCCGAGAUAAGGCUGGAACAUUUAAUUAAGGUUUUUACUGAGGACUCAGGAAUAACAACAGGGAAAUAUCUAUGUAACUAGAUGACCUGACAUAAAAUCUGUCUUCUGAUUGCAGUCUAUUGUGAGAAUGCUGCUUUUCCUAGCUCCCAGCCUUCCAUGGGGCAGAAGGCUGUCUUUUAAUUAGGAAGAGAGGGAGGACAAAGGAGAGCCUUUUCUUUUGUCCAUUACUCUUAGAAAUGAACAGGUACAUAACAGAAAAUAAAUAAUUAUUGUUGGUAGUGUUUACACAGCAGUGUUAGAGCCUCUCUGUAGUGAAACAAAAAUAAUGUUCUUACCCAAAAAAAAAAAAGAGGCAAUGAUAAAAUCAAUGAGCUUAUCUUUCUGAUAUAGAAAAUAACAGGAUGAUAGUUAAUACAUGCUCAGGAAUCUAAGAAAAUGUUUCAUAUAGGCCUAUCAUGUAGCAUUUUUAUUUGCAUAAUUAUAGUCAACAUAUGAUUCUCCAUGUAGGGGUCUCUCAUUAAGAAUGUUUCCUGUGUACCUAUAGAAAAGCCUCUUUGGUAGAUUUUCCGGUUUAUAAUUAUUUAACCAGAAGAUACACGGGAGGUUCUUUUGUAUGUACCUGUAGAAUACAUCCCAGUAAGGGUCCUAUGGAGCAAGACCUGUUGUCAGCAAUAACCUUCAUUAUUCUAACUGUGAAACGUUCAUUAAUGCGAAUAAUAUUCUCAAAGAUUUUCUACAAUGAGAAUCAUCCAGUAAAGCUUUUUACCUGAGAAUUUAAAAGUUGUAAAAUUGUUAGUUAAAUGUGUAUAAUUAUCAAAAGAGGUUGACUUUGGAAAACAAACUGAAUUUGCUAAGGGAAGGAAAACUUGAAAAUAAUCACCUUAGAUGUGGCAUACAAUUUGACCUAAGCAAUUGUUUCAAAACUGUCUUCAGUUUCUUGAAAAUAAUUGUUAGGGCUGAUAUAUAGAAAUACAUAUCUAGGCCAGGCACGGUGACUCAUGCCUGCAAUCCCAGCACUUUGGGAGGCUGAGGUGGAUGGAUCACGAGGUCAAGAGAUCGAGACCAUCCUGGUCAACAUGGUGAAACCCCGUCUAUACUAAAAAUACAAAAAUUAGCUGGGUGUAGUAGUGUGCGCCUGUAGUCCCAGCUACUCAGGAGGCUGAGGCAGGAGAAUCACUUGAGCCCCGGAGGCAGAGGUUGCAGUGAGCCGAGAUCGCGCCACUGCACUCCAGCCUGGGCAACAGAGCGAGACUCCGUCUCAAAAAAAAGAAAAAAAGAAAUACAUAUCUAAUGUUACAGAUUGUGGUUUAUUGGUUAAUUACUAUGCAUUUUUUUCAGUUUAAAAAAUAAUCUUAUUUUAUAUACUUCUCUCAGUAUAAUUUUUCAUGACAUUUCAGCAUGUUGAUAAUAUGUGUGCAUCUAUUUCAGUGCCUUAAAGUAUUUUGAGAGCAAUCUUUUGCUGACAGUUGAAGAACUGUUAAUGAAAUACUGUUCAUUAAAAGGAUCUGUGAAAUCA